AUGCCACGCUUUUUGAAUACUUGGACGGGCGAGUUCGAGGUGCAUUCCGACCCCAAGAAGGUCACAUAUGCCAUCCUAUCCCACGUCUGGCGCAGUGCGGAGGACGGUGGCGAACAGACGUACGGCGACGUCCGGAAGAUACAAGUCGCAGUGAAAAAAGGCCUAUCACAUAUCUCCAGUUCCCCGCCUACCAAAUAUCGCGAAGAGGGCACCAUUUUCGCGCACCCUAAGCUUUCGGACAAGAUCAAGGGUUUCUGCCGAGUCGCACGGGAGGCCGGCUUUCUUCUCGUAUGGAACGACGCUUGCUGCAUCAACAAGACCGACAGCGUGGAGCUCUCCGAGGCGAUCAACUCGAUGUACGAGUGGUACCGCCUGUCGGACAUGUGCUACGUCUACCUUGCGGACGUCCGGGAUGGCGAUAGGCCGCAGGCGGGCUCGUCUGCGUUCCCGAAAAGCAGAUGGCAUACGCGCGGCUGGACUCUGCAGGAGCUCAUCGCUCCCGAGCGCCUCGUGUUUCUGACGGGAACCUGGCGCUUUCUUGGCACCAAGAUGGGCCUCGCUAGGACUUUGCAAAAGGUCACUGGGAUAGACUUCGAGAUACUCACAGGACGGGCUACAUUGGAGUCCGUCAGCGUCGCGCGAAGGCUGUCAUGGGCCGCAAAGCGAGAGACCACGCGUGUCGAAGACCACGCGUACUCCUUGAUGGGUAUCUUCGGCGUCCAUAUGUCGCCUAUCUACGGAGAGGGCGAAAACGCCUUCCUUCGUCUCCAAGAAGAAGUCAUGAAAACCGUCCCCGAUCAAAGCAUUUUCUCCGGAGGCGGCAGUUGCACGAUGCAUUCCCUGACUAAACGAAGCAGCAGUCAUGAGCAACUUGGCCCACACUAUCCAGGACUCUUUGCGAGCUCUCCGCUCGCCUUCACGUCGGCUAGCAGCAUCACCCCCGUUACACCCUCCCGUCUCGCAACGACCCUAGGGCUCCGAGGGAGCGAAGAUGUCCCGCCAAUGGAUUACGUCUUCACGCCGGAGGGCGUUCGUAUGCGCCUUCUAUGUCUCCCUUUGUCUGGUUCACAACUCAUUCUGGACACGUUUCGGGAGCUGAGGACCGGGGAUGCAUGCGUACGAUGUAGGCGGCUGGGAGAUCCGACCUGGAUAGCUCUUCUACAGUGCGAAGACGAGUACGGCCACCCGAUUGCGCUCCCCUUGUACCGCCCUCGAAACCAAGGCGGCAAUGACCAGGGCCUUUCCGUCGGGACUCAUUCUCCGUGCGCGGACGUCGCUGGUCAGGAACCGUAUCGCACGGUCCAUCUUUCCCAGGAGGCAUUGUCGAUUAUCCUGAACCGCCUUCAGCCCAAGGUUGUGGAAGUACUGCUCCUUCGCCACUUCUCACGUCCCUCGAUCCUGAAGUCGCUCCAACCAGACGAUGACCUCCCGCGACUCGAUCUCUGGCGGGCAGAUCACUAUCAACAAGUCGCGUUUGACAUCGCUCCCCAUAGCGUCGAUGCCCUCCGCGCACAAGGAUUUUCCCCUUCAUCUCUACAAGUCACAUACUCGAAGACGGAGAUCACGCUGAGGACUACGCUCGAACAUAGCAGUGGCCGGUACUCUUCUCGAGCCCCGAAAGCCGUCCAGGUGCAACUUUCCCUCACAGACAUGUCGGACGACACCAAGUUUGAGAUCAGAUCGGCCAAAUACACAGAGGCGCGCUUCUUCGUGAAUGCUGAAAGCGAACAAGGAACCUGGAAGGUCUACAUCAACGAUGCCAAUCGCCACGGCGGCCAUGCCGCGUCUACUACUCGUACAGGACAUUGCAUGCUCGACAUCUCUAGGCGCACCAUCGCCCUCGCGGAGUACAUCGUCCAUUCUGACGGUGAAUGGGGAGAGGAUAGUCGACCACGCAUCGCUCGGGACAUAAGGGUUGCGCUAGAGUUUCCCUUCGCGAAGCCCGCCGACGGACGGACCUCAAAUCUCUGGCUGUCUAUCAACAUAUCGGAGUACCACCUUGAAUACAUACCCCUGAUCGAAACCGCUCCUACCCAGGGUUCCUCAUCGGAACAGACUGGGAAUGUCUCCGCCUUCGCCUCUGCUGCCUCCUCCCCCUCUUCCUCCUCUACCGUCACCCCUACCACUCCGACACGCCAGCUUCCGCCACUGACCCUGCCCGAACACGACCAGUCACACAUGUCCCCCAAAGACGCAGAUGUCCAUCCCGCGACUAAGCACGACUUCAAUAUCCUCCAACGCGAGAACGCCACCCUCCGCGCGCAACUCGCACUUCUGACGACGAAGAAUACGAAUCUAGCGUCGCAGGUGGCAGCUCUCUCGUCGCAAAAUUCAGUUCUCGUAUCGCAGAUGGCGACCGUGUUCGCCCGACUCGACGCGCUCAACGCGUCCCCAGCUACAAACAUAAUCGAAAGGGAGGCUCGCGAUCCUGUGUAA